GUGUUAAUGAAUGAAUGCUAAACUCAUGUCAGUGAAAGCAGUUUUUUUUUUAUAUAUAUAUUAUAUUUUUUAUUAUACAUGUCAAUCUUCAAAAGUUUGGAGCAUGAACUUGAUAAAUUUGGGUUCUUUUGGGUUUUUUAAUGAAUAAUUGCUUUCCUUACAAAGCUUGUGUGUGGUUGCUAAACAAUCCAAUCUAACCUUCUUUUUGUUAUUGCUUCAAGUUAUCUUUCACUCCAUUGUCUUAUUAUCAUAACCAAAAAUAAAAAUAAAAAAAACUAAUCUGUCUUUGCCAUUUAGUUAUUAUUGUUUUAAUUUCAAUUGCUUUGUGAUUUUUGAGGAGGGCCUUGUAGACUUUUUGAAAUUUUGGUGCUUGAUGGGAUGGGGUUGGUGAUGGUGCCAGCCAUUCUUCAGCUGCUGCUCAAACUCUCUGCCAUUGGCUUUGUUUUCACAGUUCAAGGAUCUGCUGGUAACAAGAUAUCCCCAACUCCAGCAAUUGAUAUUCCUCCAAUUAACGGAACGCCUGGUCCCCAACCCCAGCCAUUCAGAAGCAGUGCACCAAGCUCAGAGUCUCAGACAAAUGGGUCACAUUUACCCUCCCCACUUGCAUUGCCGCCACUCACAUCUGCCCCAGUUCCCCAAACAAUCACAGGGCUUGUACCAUCACAUUCCCCUAGUCCUCCUGUAGUAACAACUCCUCCCUUGAUUUUUCAAGGACAUGUAGCAUCCUUGUCACCAAGUAUUUCGGUUAUAUCUCCAACGUAUAAUACAGCUCCUCCACCCACGCUUAAUCAAGGACAUGCGCCGCCCAAGCCGCCAAGUGCUCAUCGAAUAGAGGCACCAGUUAGGCAGACUCCUGUCUCUGUGUCGAGUGCUCCAGCUGCACCUUCAGGGCAGUCUCCAGAAAAUUCAACAGUCAGCCAAUCAAGUGCACCCAAAGCUUCACCACCAAGUUCCCCUAAAAAAGAAAUAUUUUUCAGUGGUGCUCCCAUCCUAAAAUCAAUUGCUCCAGCUGUGUCUCCAUCAAGGAAAUCAAAACAAAAUCAUCCAGCAGUUCCCCCAAUUGCACCAGCAGCAAGGCCAUCUGUUCCGGUUGUAUCACCAAUUGGAGCAAUGCCACAAAAUUCAUCAGCAACCCACCCAGUUAUGCCUGGAGAAUCCCCUUCUACAUUAUCAGGUCCAAAUGUCUCCUACUCCUCUGCUUUGACCCCAAACAUUGACCAUAAAAAAAAUGGAAUUCCAGUGUCUGCACAACCAAAUGGAACUUUUCCUCCCUUGAGUCAUUCUCCAGCUAAAGGACCAGUCAUCCCAAUGUCAUUUCUUCCAAUAAGCCGGCAUGGACAAUAUGCUCCUCCACCUCUUAGUUCUCCAGUGAUCAAUAUCUCACCUGCUCCUUCACCCUCUCCAACUGCAGUAUCUGGUUGGACAAAAAUGCCAGUUCUUUCCCCUGAAGCUACUCCUCUUGGGUUUUCUUCAAGGACUCCCAAGAUGCCACCACUCCACACACUGCCACCUCCACCUCCUAAUGAAGAUUGUUCAGCAACUGUGUGCACAGAGCCAUACACAAAUACUCCUCCUGGGUCACCGUGUGGCUGUGUCUUGCCCAUGCAAGUAGGACUGAGUGUUAGUGUUGCACUGUAUACCAUUUUCCCUUUAGUUUCAGAGCUUGCUCAGGAAAUUGCCACCGGUGUUUUUAUGAAACAAAGCCAAGUUCGCAUUAUGGGGGCCAAUGCUGCCAGCCAGCAGCCAGAGAAGACAAUCAUCCUCGUUGACUUGGUUCCCCUUGGAGAAAGAUUUGAUAAUACAACUGCCUUUUUUAUUUAUCAAAGAUUUUGGCACAAACAAGUGGUUAUAAACCCUUCCUUUUUUGGUGACUAUGAAGUAUUAUAUGUGCGCUAUAUAGGUUUACCUCCAUCUCCACCUUUGGCACCUUCUGGAAUUGCUAUAAUUGAUGAUGGGCCAUAUUCUGGCAAUGACAACAAUGCAAGGACAAUAAAGCCCCUAGGGGUUGAUGUACAUAGGAAGCAUAAAAAUGGGCUUGGUGGCGGCGUGAUUGCUAUUAUUGCUCUGUCAGGUUUUGUAGCGCUAGUCUUAUUCUCUGCUGUUGCUUGGGCAUUGGUGUUUAGACAUAGAGACCGUGCUGGUCAAUCAGAAACAGUCCUGCAGCCUUUGCCACCCUCAGUUGUGAAACCAUCAGGUAUUGCUGGGUCAUUGGUUGGAAGUGGUCUUAGUUCUGCCUCAUCAUCCUUUGUAUCUAGUAUUCCAGCAUAUGCAGGAUCUGCCAAGACCUUCAGCACAGGUGACAUAGAGAAAGCCACCAAUAGCUUUGAUGCUUCAAGAAUACUUGGGGAGGGUGGCUUUGGGCGUGUUUACAGUGGUGUUCUAGAAGAUGGGACCAAAGUUGCAAUAAAAGUUCUAAAGAGAGAUGAUCAGCAAGGUGGUCGAGAAUUCUUGGCAGAGGUUGAGAUGCUUAGCCGCCUUCAUCACAGAAACUUGGUCAAGUUGAUUGGAAUAUGCACAGAGGAGCAUUCACGAAGUUUGGUCUAUGAGCUAAUACCAAAUGGCAGUGUGGAAUCUCAUCUACAUGGGGUUGAUAAAGGAUCUGCUUCUCUUGAUUGGGAUGCUCGGAUCAAGAUUGCACUUGGUGCAGCUCGAGGUCUAGCUUAUCUACACGAGGAUUCAAGCCCUUGUGUGAUACACAGGGACUUCAAGUCCAGCAACAUUUUGUUGGAACACGAUUUCACACCAAAAGUCUCAGACUUUGGUUUGGCUAGGACUGCCUUGGAUGUGGAAAAUCAACACAUAUCAACACGUGUCAUGGGAACUUUUGGGUAUGUUGCCCCAGAGUAUGCAAUGACUGGCCAUCUUCUUGUGAAGAGUGAUGUUUACAGUUAUGGUGUCGUCCUUCUUGAGCUCCUAACUGGACGCAAACCAGUGGAUAUGUCCCAGCCACCUGGUCAAGAGAAUCUAGUUACAUGGGCCCGUCCGCUUCUAACAAGUAAAGAAGGGCUGAAAUUAAUUAUAGACCCGUCUCUAGGAUCUGAUGUGCCUUUUGAUAGUGUAGCAAAAGUAGCAGCUAUUGCAUCAUUGUGUGUUCAACCAGAGGUAUCAAACCGUCCUUUUAUGGGUGAGGUUGUUCAGGCCUUGAAACUAGUAUCUAAUGAGUGUGAUGAGGCAAAGGAACUGGAUUCCAGAAGUUCCAGUCAAGGUUUGUCUAUUGACAUGGAUGCGGAGGUCAGUGCUGUCUCAGGACAGCUGCGUGGUUCUUUCCAAAAUCACGCCCUAGUCCUUAAUUAUGAUUCUGAGCCAGAUAUUGAAAGGGGACUCUCAGUUUCAGAUUUGCUCAGUACAUCAGUCGGGUAUGGAAGGGAAGGCUGUGGAUCAUUGCGAAGAUGCUCAUCAGGUCCAUUGCGAAAGGUAAGGGGCAGAGAGCUAUUGAGAAAAAUGAGAUUCACAGGGGAAAGUGUGAGUGAACGUGGAACCAUCUUCAAAAUGUGGCCAGGUUCACAUUGAGAGCUAGAUUUUCCCUUGUGUUUUGUGAACAUUGACUUCCCUGGUUUUUAAUCUCAAAUUCUUAACUGUAAGCAAGCAUUUAGUCAGUCCUCCACAAGAACGAGAAUGGGUGGUGGCCUUGCAAGAGCCUGGAAUUGAAAAAUAGGCGAUUAUCGUGGAA